AUGGACGCCUUUGCGGUCAGCGAGGACAUGAUCCCGAGGCAGGAGCAGCCAGAUGGCAACAGCAACCAAGGCACGAAAUCGGAGGAAUCAAACAAAUUCCAGCGUGCCAUCUCUGCAUGGCGAGGCAUCGAUCUAACCAAUACCAUUCCGAAACUUGACGCUACUGCAUCAGAAAUCGUCGCAAACCAGCGUGAUGCUCUGGUGCAAAGGAAGGACCUUGCACAAAAGACAAAGGAUUUCCGAAAGCUUGACGAUGCUUCAAAACUGACUGAAUACAAGGGACUGUUGAAAGCCUACCAAACCUUCAUUGACCUUCUAACUAAUCACGGCAAGACUUCAUCGUCGGCGUUCUUGCAGCUAUAUUCCUCACUUUCCGAAGCCCCAGACCCGUACCCCCUCCUUGAAGCAUCGGUCGAUUCGCUUGUGGCAUCCGAAGACACCGUUCCAAAACUCACAUCGGAAAAGGAGCACUUACAAAAGUCAGUAGACCAACUGACGGGCCAACUGGAAAAGACCGAGAAACGGCUAGAAGAGGAAAGCGAUGCUCGAAAGAAAUUGGAAGAUACACAGGAAUCAAAGAUCAAAGAGAUCGAGUCAUCUUGGGAGGCGGUGCUUUCAGAGAAGAGUGACAAUUGGGAAGCUAAGGAAAAAAGUUUGGAAGAAAAGAUCGAAAACCAGGAUCGACUAGUCAAAGAACUCAAGGCUUCUCUGGAAGUGUCGCAGAGACUCGACAGGGAAGAAGAGGUUGAUUCAGCUCGUAAUACCGCUACAGCCGCCGAACUCGAGAUUGUCGUCUCGGAUCUUGAAAAGACUAGUUUAAGGUUGGCCGAGGUCGAGGCACGCAAUGAACAGAUGCGGCUAGAGCUGGCUCAAGCCGUAUCGCAUUCCCAGACUGAGCAGAAGCCUAUCGAAGAUGACCCUGCCUAUCUCAGACUGCAAUCAGAAAACUCGUCGUUGAUCAGGAAGCUGGAUUCCGUAAAAUUUGAUCGGGAUACCGAAAGACACGAUUGGGAAAGCAAAGUCCGUCAGUUUGAACGAACAAACGCCAAACUUACAGCAGAGAAGGAUGAGUUCCGUUCAAAACUCGACAAGUUUGCCGACUAUGAAGAGAUCAAAAGAGAACUUGAGGUUAUUAAGUCCAUCGAGUUUUCUACGGGUGAUGACGACGACUCCGGUGAUAUCCCCGAGGAACUUACAAGCAGCACAAAUGGCGCGGUUAAGUCCAAAGAAAAUACGUUGGAGCAAUUGUUGAUGGCUCGUAACAAGAAGCUCACCAAUGAACUCACGGUUCUAAGGGUAUCUCAUCGUGACCUUCAAAGCCAGAUUGAGACGCUACAAGAGGAAUCGAAAAUCACAAGAACUGAACUGGAGAAGUCUCAGGCGCUCUGCACAACAUUAGAAAACGAUCUUUUGCGGAUGCAAAAAAGCACGAAUGCUCUGCCCUCAGCUGCAAUGUCCGUUGCAGGCACAUACACAUCUAGGUAUCAUUCAUCCCGACGAGGAGGCGCCACAUCUCCUACGUCUUCGAUUAUCUCAGGCUUUGAUCAGGCCGCUGCUUCUUCUAAUACCAUGGAGGCCAUCCGUGCCGGUGAAGCAGUGGGCGGUGGCUCUGGUAUUUUGCCAAUGAUCCAAGCGCAGCGCGAUAGGUUCAAGCAAAAGAAUGCCCAAUUAGAAGAGGAAUUAGCCAAAACAUAUUCCACGGUCAAGACACUCCGGCAAGAAGUGGCAUCUCUACAAAAAGACAACCUCAAUCUAUACGAAAAGACGCGAUACGUGUCAACGUACAGCCGGGGUCAAGGCUCCGCAUCAACGUCGGCAUCUGCUUAUGCCAACCGACCUAGUGCUGCUUCAGCAUAUGCUUCCGACGACUCGCCGUCACCCGGCCUCUCACUUGACAAAUAUCAAUCCGCAUACGAAGCACAAAUAUCACCUUUUGCAGCAUUCAGGGGCCGUGAGGCAACAAGAGCGUAUAAACGCAUGAGUCUUCCUGAACGACUAGUUUUCUCCAUCACACGAGUUGUCCUCGCAAACCGCACAAGUCGAAACAUAUUUGCUAUUUACUGCUUUGCGUUACACGUACUGCUGUUUAUCAUGUUGUACUCGAUGAGCGCUGUCGAGAUUGAGAAGCAUCAUAUUGAUAACCUCGCCAAUGGCGCUGUCGGUGGUGGUGCCGCUGGUGCUGACACUGGUGCUGCUGGAAAAUUGCAUGGGGACGAUUGGCAACAAGAAGGGUUUAAUUAA